AUGGCUCCAAGAACAAUUCCCGGAGUAUACUGCAAUCCACGACGGGGACAAGGAAUACACGCUCUUCUGGCCAAAAAUCUAUCUUUAUUGUUUAGCAGAUGGCCCGAGCGAGCUAUCCUCUUCCCCGGUAUCGCCAAUGAAACAAUGUUAGAAAAGGAGCAACAAACCGCAGAAACUGAUGCCAAGGAUUCACGUAAAGCUCAAUUACAAACUUGGUUUUGUUGGCGGACGAAUGCAUCCAAGAAAAACCGGGGCUUGAAGAAGGACACAUCCGUCUUUGAAGUGGCACUGGUACCGAAGUCGCACGCGAAAUCCACUGAAGAGAUAUACAUGGACAUGGUCUAUAGUGAACAGAUCAAGCCUCUCGUCAAGGCCGAAAAAGAGGCAGGUAACAUAAGUACAGCUGGCCAGCGCAUGGCAUUGGGCCGAAGGUUUUGCAAGGAGCUCCUGGAAGACGAGUUAGACGAGGUUAAGGAGGAAGUGAGAGAGAGGUAUAAUAGACAGAAAAAGGUAAAGAGGGUUGUGUUAGAUGAUGAAGAUGACAACAAUGAAACUGACGCUGAUGCUAUCGCAAAGUGCCAUCCACCAGAAACCCCCGCUGGGAGUAAUUUUUCUCAAUUGUGCCCUGACAAGGACAACACAUUCCUUGCAGCAUACCAGCAAUACGCUGAGUUGAUAUUCUCUGCGAAUGAGCGCGAUCUGCUACUGACACGUGUUGGAGAUGGUGAUGAGAUUGAAGAGCUUGAAGGAUGCGACAAUGGUGAAGAGGAUAUGAAUGGAGGAUGUGAUGGUUCGAUGGAUUGGAAUAUUCCAGGCUUCGCUACUUCCUCUGAUGCAUCAAUGUCAGGCUUUGGUAAUACUGAAGCCAGCAUCAGUGAUGCAUCAUCGAUCAAUGAACUUGAUCAAUCUGUGUUUAACUCCGAGGCCCAAUCUAAUGCAUCAUUCGAACAGGCUGAGCCUGAUGCAUUGUCAGGCUUUGGUAAUACCAAAGCCGGCAUCAGUGAUGCAUCACUCAAUUAA